AUGGCAGCCCAAGUCACACUGUAUCAGAUCAGGGAGAGAACUUCUCUGUCCAUCCUUGAGUUUGUGGCCAGUGUGUCUGCAACCUUAAACUGUGAUAAUGAGGAGAAAGUCCUUUUGGAAGCCUCCUUUAUGUACCCAAUGGAGGAAGACUUUGAUGUCUUUAGCUUCGAGGACAUGAUGGAUGGGAAGAAAAUUGUGGCAGAAUUACAGGACAAGAUGGAGGCCCAACACAACUAUGAGGGUGCCAUAUCCCAGGGUCAGGAGGCCUAUUUAUUGAAGGAGGACUCAUACUCCAGAGGUUGCAAUGUGGGGAACCUCCAGCCUGGGUCAAAGGUGGAGCUCACCCUGAGGUAUGUUCAGGAGCUGCCCUUGGACACUGAUGGGGCCCUGCACUAUAUACUCCCAGCCAUCCUGAAUCCUAGAUUCCAUCUCCCUGAACAUCUUAUAGAUAGUUGCCUUGAUAUGAAAACUCCUCUAGUCACCUUGGAGGAACUGCCCUACACACUCAGCAUGGUUGCCACCAUCCGCUCCCAGCAUGGCAUCCAGAGGGUCCACUCCAACUGCCCCUUGAGUGCUGUUGAGUUCCUUGCAGAUGAUAAGACUUCUGCUCAGGUAAUCAGUAAGAGAGGACUGCCCUAUGCAGAUGUUCUUAUCUACUCCCAUGGCCAGUUCUAUAGGCCACAGGGGGACAUCAAGGACAUCUUUAUCAGUCUCAUGAAUCUCUUCCAGCAGUGGUAUUCAGGUAGUUUACUGGGAGAGCCUUCUGUCAUGGUGAGUUUCUAUUCAGACAUUCCUGAAGAUGAGGCAUCUAUGACCGGUGGAGAAUUUGUGUUCCAUAUGGACUGCUCAGGAAGUAUGCAGUGUCCCAAGAAUAACCAGGUUGGGUCUCAGUCAUGCAUAGAGGCAGCUCAGGAAACACUGAUUCUGCUGCUGAAGAGUUUGCCUCUAGGAUGUUAUUUUGACAUCUAUCAAUUUGAAUCUUCCUAUGAGAAAUUCUUUCCGAAGAGUGUGAAGUACACUCAGAAAACAAUGGAGGAGGAGGUGAAGAAGGUUAAGAUCAUGAGCACGUACCUAGGGGGCACUGAAAUCUUGGCACCACUUCAGAACAUUUACAGGAAGCCCUCCAUCCCUGGUCACCCCCUACAGCUUUUUGUCUUCCCAGAUGGAGAAGUUACUGAAACAUUUAGUGUUAUUUAAAAAGUUCAGUUUAACUGCGAGAAACACAGAUGUUUCUCAUUUGGUAUUGCAGAAGGUAUCUCUACCAGCUUAAUAAAAAGCAUUGCCCAGGUGAGAGGGGACACUUCAGAGUUCAUCACAGGUAAGGACAGGAUGCAGUUCAAGCUGAGGGACAAGCCCUGUGCUCUUAGUUCCCUGAAGCACUCUCUACAGCCUGCUACAUGCAGUAUCUCUCUGGGCUGGAAUUUGCCUCUUGGUGUGCCUCCUACCAUGCUUUCCCCAGAACCAACAGCCAUGUUUAAAGAUCAGAGGUUAAUCAUAUAUGCCCUGCUCAUUGGGAAAAUACAGUCUACAGGAGAAGUAUGCCUCAAGUGCAUGCUCCAGAACAAGAGUUUUAAGCAUAAGCUGACAUUUUCUCUACAACUCAUGCCAGAUGCCAGAUUCACCAUUCGCCAUCUUGCUAUAAAGUCCUUGAUCCAGAGAAAAGACUUGGGUUUCAGUGAGACUCUAGUUAAAGAUAAAGAAGUCGUGUUGAAGAUCAGCAUUGGAUCUGGAGUCAACAGCUCCUUUACAGCUUUGAUUGCUGUAAACAAGGAGCUUAAGCAGCCAGUUCAGGGGCCCCUGGCUUACAGACAGAUUCCAAGGCCAAUUCUGUUCCAUGAUGCCUUAGGAAGCUGGGUAGCCUGUCUCCAUGGGUAUGCUGAAAACCCUCAAGAUGAUGGCAGACUUUGGAAUGAAGCAGAAGUCUACGAUCUGGAUAUCAGAAGCCUCAGAGGACGACUGACUGUGAUAAAGUAG